GGGUCCUGCGGCUCGUGCACUGCUGUAGUCAUUAGACAGACGCGAGACAUCAAACAUCACACUCUCAACAUUCACAUCAAUAACAGAUAAUCAAAGAUGGCGUCUAUGUUGUUGACUUCACUGAGGAGCAGCCCUUUGACAUCUGUGCAGGCUGCUCAGUUCGCUGCUCGUUCUCUCAGCACAUCUGUUCAUCUGCAAGCUCAAGCAAAGAGCAAAAAGACUCUAGCCACACCAGGAGUGAAGAACAUCGUUCUAGUUGAUGGCGUCCGAACUCCUUUCCUCCAGUCUGGCACCAUAUACGCUAAUUUGAUGCCCCACGAUCUGGCGAGAGCUGCAUUACAAGGUCUGCUGAACAGAACCGGUCUCCCUAAAGAUGCUGUUGAUUAUAUUGUCUAUGGAACUGUUAUUCAGGAAGUGAAGACCAGUAAUGUGGCCAGAGAGGCGGCUCUUGGUGCUGGAUUCUCAGAUAAGACUCCUGCUCACACAGUGACUAUGGCGUGUAUUUCCUCCAACCAAGCGAUGACCACAGCUGUCGGUUUGAUCGCAGCUGGUCAAUGUGAUGCCGUCAUCGCCGGUGGAGUCGAGUUUAUGUCUGACGUUCCCAUUCGUCACAGCCGCAAGAUGAGGAAGACGAUGCUGUCACUCAACAAAGCAAAAACCCUCGGGGCUCGACUCUCUCUGCUGGGCUCCAUCCGCCUCGCUCACCUCGCACCUGAGCUGCCAGCUGUGGCUGAGUUCUCCACAGCCGAAACAAUGGGUCACUCCGCGGACCGUCUGGCGGCUGCAUUCGGUGUGUCGCGUUUAGAGCAGGAUGAAUUUGCUCUGCGAUCUCACAUGCUCGCAAAGAAAGCUCAAGACAGUGGGCUGCUCAGUGAUGUCAUCAGCUUUAAAGUGCCAGGGAAGGAUAUUGUGUCUAAAGACAAUGGGAUCCGUCCUUCCACCAUGGAACAGAUGGCCAAACUGAAACCCGCCUUCAUCAAGCCUCACGGCACAGUGACGGCCGCAAACUCCUCCUUCCUGACUGAUGGAGCGUCUGCAGUUUUGAUCAUGUCAGAGGAGAAAGCUCUUGCUAUGGGUUACAAGCCUAAAGCGUAUCUCAGAGAUUUUGUGUACGUGUCUCAAGACCCAAAAGACCAGCUGCUUCUCGGGCCGACCUACGCCACACCAAAGGUCCUGGAGAAGAGCGGUCUGACCUUGAACGACAUCGAUGUGUUUGAGUUCCAUGAGGCUUUUGCUGGUCAGAUCAUGGCAAACCUGAAGGCAAUGGAAUCUGACUGGUUCGCCCAAACAUAUAUGGGCAGAAAAACUAAGGUUGGUGCUCCUCCGAUGGAGAAGUUUAACUCAUGGGGAGGUUCUCUGUCUCUUGGACAUCCGUUUGCGGCCACCGGCUGUAGACUGGUGACCACCGUCGCCCACAGACUGCAGAAGGAGGGUGGUCAGUACGGCUUGGUGGCAGCGUGUGCUGCUGGAGGACAGGGUCAUGCUAUGGUGAUCGAAGCUUAUCCUCAGUAACCUUCGUACUUCCACAGACUGUAACACAUUGCACACGCACACAAAUGGAUUCUGUAAAUACUAACGUGCCGUAAUGCCUUGAAAUGUUCAUGAUCUAUUCAUUAUCUGGAGGUUCUUGAUUUUGAAAUGAUGCUUGAGACAUGGAUGUAAAUGUUAACGUAGCUUUACUUGAGAAGGUG